UGUCGGGAAAUCCAAUAUGUCCGCGACUGUUUGAAAAGCUCCAGUUUACAAACAUAACAUAUCAUAACAUAACAAAACGUAACGUAACAUUUCAGCAUUGCUGGUCUAAGACUAGUAAUAUACACAACAGUGUUCUAGUCCAGCAGCAGCAGCUCACCAGCUCCUGUCCUCACUGGGAGCACUGGGAGCAGCUUCAUUGCCUGGUUGUGUGGUACGAGCGGGAACGAAAACAGAGGACUCCGACACAAGAGCCAGAACCUACCUUCUCACCAGGUGAGGAGCCUCCUGCCUCCUUGUCACCAGAAAUAAUGCUGAAAUCUGGACCUCAUGUCGGAAGUCGUGUUUGAAGAGCCAGCCACGAUGAUCUCCGCCGGGGACCUGCAGAGCUUCGUCCCGUUCGGCCGCGACCACUGCAGGCACCAUCCCACCGCCUUCAACCUGCAGCUCCGCCUGCUGCAGCCCGCCUCGGAGCUCUGGGCCCUGGAGGGCGCCGCCAGCCUGGUGGGCUCCCUGCAGGAGGUCUCCCUGCACGAGAAGCUCCAGGAGAGCUGGCAGCUGAGGCACGGCUGUGUGGUGGGCGGGCCCGACGAGGAAGCAGAGUUUGAGGAGGAGCUCUAUACGGCAGGAAACACUGUGGUGUGGACCCAUGGCAGCCGAGCAGAGGCGUCCAGCGUCUACAAGGCCUUCACCGUAGACACACCUGUCCAACAGGCCCUGUGGUGUGACUUUACUGUUCCUCAAAGUAAGAACAACGCCUCUUCAGGAGGCUCGGAACAGACAGUGUGCAUCCUGGAGAGCAGCUGUUUGAACGUCCACAGCGUCACUGGGAAGGACUUCAUCUCCCCUCUCCCCUUCCAGGUGUCUCAUCUGUGGGCGACAGCAUUUGGUCUCCUGUUGGAAAGAAAAAACUCAGAUCCCCUGCACAGUUCUACCGGUGAGUCUCUACCGACGGUGUUCAGCAUGCGCCACCCUCUGGAUGAAGUAGCUCCUGUAGUGUGGAGACCAGCAGGGGGGUCGGAUCGUGUCCAGUAUGUGAGUGACAGCAGCCUGAGGCUGGUGUUCAGCAGCGCCAAGCCGUCCAUCCUGCUCUGCUUCGACACGAUGCAGGGAUUACACUCCAUCUGGGCGCUACGGCCCGUCACGCACCAGGAGCUCGUCGCUGUGGUGCGCUGUCCGUCAGACCAGUCCCUCUUGGCUCCAGGCUUCUUCAGCUCCCACCUCCCCAGCACAUCUCCUCUGGACUCCCCUAGUGGCCCUUUCACCCCUAGCUCUGUGGCUGGCAUCAGCUCUCCCCUCCACUACACGGCCUUACGCGGUCACCACAGCAGGAUCAUGACCUCGUCCCCCGGCGCCCACUCCAGGGUCCAAUCUCCCAGCAUCUCCAACAUGGCCGCCCUCAGCCGCUCUCACACUCCGGGCAUGGCCGCGCCCUCCUUCUCCGGCACGUCUCGUUUGUACGAGUCCUUCCACGGCCAGGGCUCCAGGGGCCCCUCCCCCGGCCGGGGCCCGUCCCCCAGCCGGGGCCCCUCGCCCAUAAGGGGCCCGUCCCCCAACAGCACCUCCAACGACACCCUGCUCCUGCCCGAGAUGGAGCCCAUCCUCCCAGACCUGUGCAUGGACCAGCUCUGGGCCGAGCCCCCGGGCCCCGGCCCACACAGUCCAAUGGCCUCCAAGGUGUUCCUGACCACUGACUUCUGCCAGAACAACUUCCUGUGUUUCCUGGUGGAGUCUCAGCUCCGGUGUGUGAAGUUCAUCCAGAGUAACGACCUGUCUCGCCUCAUCUUCACCUCCGUGACCACCAUCCCAGCUACCGACGCCGCGCCGCUACAGAGCAUCAAUGCCAUGCUUGUCCUGGAGGCUAACAGCAGCCUGGUUCUGUACACUGGAACAACAAGGGUGAGCAAGGUGUUUGUUGCCGGUCUCCUGUCUCCCUCGUUCAUCCGGUCUGGCCACGCCCAUCGGUCUGGCCACGCCCAUCACGUGAACAUGCCCCUGACCAGCGCUAGCACACCUGCUGCACCUACAAACCGUCUGCCACGCCUCGACCAGGUGGUGAUGCCCUCUCCCCUCCCUGAGCCCAGAGGGUCCACUCACAACCAGGGUUCCUGGCUGGAGGACUACAGCUUCCCCCAGAGUCCUGCUGUCACGGCCUUGAGGGACGCCGUCUCCAACAGGGUCACUCUGGAGGUCAACAACGGAACCAUGUUCAGAGUGUCCAUUCCUGAGAUCUGCACCUCAACCCUAGUGAGGAAGUGCCUGCAGGCCAUUCGAUUCAUCCUACCCAAGGAUACAGCUAUGAAGGUUCUAGUGAAGUGGUACAACACGUACAACGCCCCCGGCGGGCCCUCUGCCCACGCCGAGUGGAACCAGUUCGUCACGUGUCUGCUGAGUCUGCUGGGCUACAACACGGAACACCUGGGGUGGACCCGCAACCUCUGUGUUGAAGUGCCUCUCUCGCCGGUGAUUGCUGCCAAGAAGGCCCGUCCGUCAGACGGGGGAUCUGAUGAGGACUGGGAGUAUUUGUUGGGCAGUCAGUAUCAUCGACAGCAUCAGUCGGUCUUUGGUCCAACAGAACCACCCCCAUUGGUCGCCACGGAGACGGAGGCCCCAACCACCGUGUGCGUGGACUCCUCUGCCCCUCUGUUCUCCUUCCUCCCGUCCCUGUUCCACGUGCUCCACCUCAUCUACCAGGACCUCCAGCUGGACAACCUGCAGCGGAGCACCGCACUCACCCUGCUACCGCUGCUGCACCAGCUGGCCCGGGACCUCCGCCUGGACCAGUACAUCGAUCUGUACUGGAGAGACUACCCAGAAUUCAUCAGCAACCUCAAGGAGUCCUGUCUCAUUGACCAGGCUCUGAUUGGUCAGAUGGUCCGUCCGUACUACCUGAAGGCGGAGCCUCCCAGUGUCUUCGGCUGGUUCAGCAGCUGCCUCUGGGGGGAGGAAGUCCCACCCUUCCCCUUACUGCCGGGCAUCUGUGAGAGAACCAGGCUGCUUGUUCUGAGCUAUGCGCUGUACAUCGUUGGAGACGUGGAGGCCACAUCCUCUCACCUUCCCAAGUACCUGACCAGGCUCUCUGCAGGUCAGAAGACCACCACAGAACCAUCCAGCCAAAGACCAGGUCCCAGUGGUGCUGACCAGCUAGGAGGUUCCAGUCUUGCUGAAAAACUCAUUCUUUGGCUCUCUUCAUCAGGAUUCACUCUGAAGGACCUGGAGACAGUCCCCUUUGGGGUCGCUCUGCCGAUCAGAGAAGCCAUCUACCGCUGCCGGGAGCAACCGUACUCUGAUUGGUCCGAAGAGGUCUGUCUGCUGAUUGGAAGACAGGAUCUAACCAAGCAAGCCCACAAGAUGAGCCUGGCGAACAGCAAGACUUCUGUAGGUUCCGUUGUGUCCCUGGAGCCUUCCUCCUCAUCCUCCUCCACAGAAGCAGACGAGGAAGAGGAUGGCAUGUCUGACAUCUCUGGGGAGGUGUCGGGGCUGAUCUGGAGCCAGGACCAGCGGGUUGAGGAGGUGCGUCGCCUCCUCCAGAGCUCCAGGCCGGUCCGGGUCCGAGUGCAGCAGCUCCCCGAGGUCUCGGACCACGACUUCAUCGAGGAGAAGGAGAACAAACUGCUCCAGCUGUGUCAGAGGACCAUGUCUCUCCCUGUGGGCCGCGGUCUCUUCAGCCUCUUUUCCUACCAGCCCGUCCCCACGCAGCCACUUCCUGUCCCUAAACUCAACCUCACAGGCCGGGCUCCGCCCAGGAGCACCAUGGUGGACCUGAGCAGCGGCAACAUCGACGUCCCGGCCAACAUGACCGCCUGGGCCAGCUUCCACAACGGGGUGGCUGCCGGUCUGAAGAUAGCCCCCGCCUCCCAGGUGGACUCGGCGUGGAUCGCCUAUAACAAACCCAAGAGUCCUGAACUGGCCAAUGAGUACGCAGGAUUCCUCAUGGCUCUGGGGCUCAACGGCCACCUCACCAAACUAGCCACACUCAACAUCCACGACUACCUCACCAAGGGCCAUGAGAUGACCAGUAUCGGCCUCCUACUGGGCGUGUCCUCUGCCAAGCUGGGGACCAUGGACAUGUCCAUCACCCGGCUGCUCAGCAUCCACAUCCCUGCCCUGCUGCCGCCCACCUCCACCGAGCUGGACGUCCCCCACAACGUCCAGGUGGCAGCUGUCCUUGGCAUUGGGCUGGUGUACCAGGGGACCGGACACAGGCACAACGCUGAGGUCCUGCUGGCAGAAAUAGGCCGGCCCCCCGGUCCAGAGAUGGAGUAUUGUACAGACAGAGAGUCGUACUCCCUAGCAGCCGGACUGGCCCUUGGCAUGGUCUGUCUUGGGCAUGGCAGUAGUCUGGUGGGGAUGACCGACCUGAAUGUCCCGGAGCAGCUGUACCAGUACAUGGUGGGCGGUCACCGGCGGGCCGCGCCCGGCUGCUCCCGGGACCGCCACAAGUCACCUAGCUACCAGAUCAAGGAGGGCGACAGCAUCAAUGUUGACGUGACGUCUCCUGGGGCAACGCUGGCCCUCGCCAUGAUCUACCUGAAGACCAACAACAGGUCCAUCGCUGAUUGGCUGAAGGCUCCUGACACCAUGUUCCUGUUGGACUUCAUCAAGCCUGAGUUCCUUCUGCUGCGGUCUCUCGCCAGGUGUAUCAUCAUGUGGGAUGAGAUUCUCCCUGACGCUGACUGGGUCCGCGGUAAUGUUCCCCAGAUCAUUACGGACCAUAUUGAAGGCACAGGUGUAGCAGAAGACCUUACCCUGGAGACGAUGUCACAAGCUCAUGAUUAUAUCAUCGCGGGGGCGUGUCUGGCCGUGGGGUUCCGCUUCGCCGGCUCCUGCAGCGCCGAGGCCUUCAAGUGUCUCUACAGCUGCUGUAGGAGCUUCAUGAACACCCUGUGCGCCUCCACUCCUGCUGUGACGGGUCAAUAUAACCUCCAGACGUGUCUGUCCAUGGUGCUGCUAGCCCUCUCCAUGGUGAUGUGUGGUUCUGGGGACCUGAAGGUCCUCCAGGUGUGUCGGUUCCUCCACAAGCGGACGGGAGGAGAGAUGAACUACGGGUUCCACAUGGCACACCACAUGGCCCUGGGCAUGCUGUUCAUGGGGCGGGGCCGGUUGUCUCUGAACACGUCCAACUCGGCGAUCGCUGCUCUGCUGUGCGCGCUGUACCCCCACUACCCCGCCCACAGCACGGACAACAGGUAUCACCUGCAGGCACUGCGCCACCUGGUGGUCCUCGCCGUCCAGCCCCGCCUCCUGGUCCCCGUUGACGUGGACACCCUGAAGCCCUGCUACGCCCUGCUGGACCUCACCUACAAGGAGAGCCCGUGGUACGAGGAGACGACGGUGGAGGUCAUGGCCCCCGCCCUGCUGCCAGAACUACAUCUGCUCAAGCAGGUAAAGGUGAAAGGUCCUCGCUACUGGGAGCUCUCCAUUGAUCUCAGCAAAGACAAUCAGCACCUCAGGUCCAUCCUGUCCCGGGACGGGGUCCUGUACGUGAAGCUGCGGGCCGGCCGCCUGCCCUACAAGGAGGACCCUCAGGGCUGGAAGAGCCUGCUGUCCUCCAAGGUCAACCAGCACAGCUCCAAGCUGCAGGCCUUCAAGCCUGAAGACAUCUCCAACUUCACGUCGGACGCUGCCCUCCUCUCCUUCUCUGAGCUCUUCUGUAAAGACUCAACCGGAACCAGACAGGUGGAGGAGAUGCGGUGGUUCUCCUCUAUGCUGACUGAGUGUGUGACUCAGGAGACACCCGAGAUGCUGCCCACCUACAUCGCCCUGGAGCAGGCGGUGCGAUCUCUGCAGAGCGGCUCGCUAGGCCACACCUUCCCGCUGUGGCAGGUCCGCCUGGUGCUGGAGCAGGUGGGCCGGGCGCUGCACGGGGGCGGGGCCCCACAGGGGGGCGGGGCCCAGCAGGGGGCAGGGCCCUACAGCAUCCUGCUGUCCUCAGAGUUCCUCUCGGUCAUCCACAGCAUGGCAGACAUCACCAUGGAAACCUGGCUGAGAGAUAACAGGUGUGUGCUGGGGUCCUACCUGAGGAAGGGGGAGGUCUCAGGCACUCAGAACAGCAUGCUGGCCUGUUACCUGGUCUACAGGGCAUUACCCAGCAUGCCCCUGGCCUCAGUAGAAGAGCGAGCCCGUGUAGGUAACAUGUUGAUGUCGUUUGCCCCCCUUGGACUGCCCUUCAGGGAGCUGCUGAGAUUGUCCCAGGUCUCAUGAGCCGCCCCCAGGCUCUGUCAGCCAACCCUUGUCAUGGCAGCAUGAUCGUCCCGUGGUCUUUAAGUUGUUACUGUUUCUCUAAUAAAAUAAAUCCUCAUAAUGAAAGACUAGUCAUUGAAUAUCGCUAUUGUUUAGU